CACUGUCCUGCACUACCUUCCUCCAAGGCAACCAUGUGGCUGGCCUGGGCACUUUUCACCUUCUGCUGCCUUGCAUCAAGAACCUGCGGGGACCCUGCCCCAGAUUUUUGUUCCCAGGACCUUAAAAGCUCAGGUGCAAAGCCAGGAUUUCCCCAAACAAUAAAGACGAACAACCCAGAAGUCCUCAAAGCAGCCAGGCACAGUGUGGAGAAGUUUAACAACUGCACAAAUGACAUCUUCUUGUUCAAGGAAUUCCAUAUCAGCAAAGCCAUGGUGCAGGUCGUGAAAGGCCUAAAAUACAUGUUGGAGGUGGAAAUUGGCAGAACCAUAUGCAGGAAAAACAUGCACCCUCCUCUGGAGAGCUGUAACUUCCAAACCAACCCCACCUUAAAGCGGAUUCUGAGCUGCUACUCUGAGGUCUGGGUUAUUCCCUGGCUGCACACUUACGAGGUGCUUGUUCUCCACUGCCUCUGACUCCUGCCUCUGCAGCAAGACCGCAACUUCAACAAAUACACAAUGUGUGUGUCUCCGUUACCUUCAGCCCCGGCCCCGUAUGCCCAACCACCAAAGACCCUCUCAGGCCUUCUCCUGAAUGGAAGGACGGAAGUACCAGGGGGCCAUACACAGUGGCUAAAAUGGGAGAAUGACAGUGCCU